AAGCUCAGGGUAUGAAAACUCCCAAGUUGUGACAAGGAACAGAGUAGAGUUCAUACAGCCUGCUCUUUCUUAGGGAGCCUGGACUUUGCAGAGAUGGCCACAGGCCUCCAACCUUGGCCCUGGGCUUUGGUGAGGCUGGCUCUCUGUGCUGCCUGCCUGGGCUUUGUCCAAGGGGGCAAGCUGCUGGUGGUCCCCAUGGAUGGCAGCCACUGGCUCAGCAUGCAUAAAGUGGUUCAGGAGCUCAGCCUGAGAGGCCAUGAGAGUGUUGUCCUGUCACCAGAGCUAUCUGUGCGCAUCAAGGAAGCGCCAUUUUACACUCUGAAGACCUUUCCAGUCAAUUUCAGCAAGGACCUCUUUGAAGAGUUGACAGAGUCUGAAUUCCAACUGACUUUUGACCCUCAACCUUUAAUCAAGAGAUUUUUUAACACGGUUGCACUCUUUAAGAGAAUGAAUGCCAUGUAUUUUAGAUUUUGUGCAGACUUAGUGUAUAACAAGGAACUGCUGAAGUCCCUGGAAGAAGCCCACUAUGAUGCCAUUUUAACCGAUCCCAUUUUUCCCUGUGGAGCCCUUGUGGCACAGUAUCUGUCCAUUCCAGCUGUUUACUUCUUGAGAGGACUCCCAUGUCGUGUAGAUGCUGAAAGCACUCAGUGCCCAGAUCCAUCUUCCUAUAUCCCCAGAUUGGCUACAGACAACACAGACAAGAUGACAUUCCUACAGCGGGUAAAGAACAUUCUAUACCCUUUGCUUCAUAGUGUGGUGUGCCAUAUGAUGUAUUCACCUUUUGCAAGCCUGGCCUCAGAACUCCUUCAGAGAGAUGUGAGCAUAGUAGAUGUUUUCAAGCAUGGAUCGGUCUGGCUUAUGAGGACAGACUUUGUGAUGGAUUUCCCUAAACCUAUCAUGCCAAACAUGGUCUUCAUUGGGGGCAUCAACUGUGCCAGUGCCAAGCAGCUUUCUCAGGAAUUUGAAGCCUAUGUGAAUGCUUCUGGGGAGCAUGGAGUCGUGGUCUUCUCCCUGGGCUCUAUGGUCUCAGAAAUCCCAAUGGCCAAAGCCAUGGAAAUCGCUGAAGCUUUGGGCACAAUACCUCAAACAGUAUUGUGGCGGUACACUGGAAAAACACCAUCUAAUCUGGCCAAGAACACCAAACUUGUGAAAUGGCUUCCACAGAAUGAUCUGCUUGCUCACCCAAAGACAAGGGCAUUCAUUACUCAUGCUGGUUCUCAUGGGGUCUAUGAGGGCAUAUGUAAUGGAGUGCCAAUGGUGUUGAUGCCUUUGUUUGGAGAUCAGAUGGACAAUGCUAAACGCAUGGAGUCAAGAGGGGCAGGGGUGACCCUGAAUGUCCUUGAAAUGACAUCUGAUGAUCUCAGCAAGGCACUGAAGACUGUCAUCAAUGACAAAAGCUACAAGGAAAACAUCAUGCGUCUCUCAGCUCUUCACAAAGACCGGCCUAUCAGUCCCCUUGACCUUGCUGUGUUCUGGGUGGAGUUUGUGAUGAGAAACAAAGGGGCCCCACAUUUACGUGCUGCUGCCCAUGACCUCAACUGGAUCCAGUACCAUUCCUUGGAUGUCUUUGCCUUCCUCCUGGCUAUUGUGUUGACUGUUGUACUAAUUGCUGCGAAAUGUUGCAUGUUUUGUUUCCAGAAAUGCUUUGGCAAAAAAGGAAAAGCUAAGAAAGCUACCAAAUCUAAGUCUCAUUGAACCAUACUUUGAAAAUUAGGUGAAAUUUUAGUUUGUAUUCUCUAUGAAUUCCACAAAUGCACCCAGAUGAAUUACAUGCACACAAAUACACAUAUGCACCCUCAUUAUAAAGUCAGUUUCAAAUUAAUUUUUAUAAAGAAAAUCUCAGCCUUGUUUUGUUGUCAAUUAAAAUGGGAGCAUAGAGCUUUACAGCUGGCGGAUGACCAUUUAAUCCAACCACUUCAUAUCACAGCUGGAGAAACAGAAGUGUGAUGAGGGGGAAGGUUUGGGGCUGAGUAUGAGUCUUGGAGGAGGGGCCUAAUAGCUGCCUUCACAUUUUAGAAGGGCUAUUAUAUGAAGGAGAGACUAACUGCACUCUGCUUGGCCUCAGAGGGUAGAAUUAAGAACCAAAGGGGCUGGGAGAAUCACCAUUUAGGUCAGGGUCAGUAAAAACUUCCUAACAAUUGGAACUAUUCAACAGGAAUGGACUGCCUCAGGAGGAAGUGAGUUCCCACUCACUGGGCCUUUCCAAGUCAGUCCUGCAUGACCAGUACCUGGCAGUUUGUAUAGGUACAACCUCAGAGGUUGGUCCAGGUACAAGUUGGGCUCAGUGACCACUGAGGUCUCAUGUCCUGUGACCCUGUACAGGGUUACAUGUGUAGUUUGCAGCUGAGUGAGGGCAGAAGUCAGUUCUUCUAACUCUCAACUCUCCUUUCUCCCUCUCAAGACACAAUGAUGAAGAAAGCUAGAACAUGCUUGCAGGACUGAUUCUCCUUCCCCAUUCUUCAAGAUUUGAGCUUCAAAUGAUUUGCUUAGUGUAACUAGGGAAGUCGGUUAUCCAUUCAGAGUGGUCAUUUUUUUAAACUGGAAAAUUCAUAUGGCACCCUUCCAUGUCUUCCUAAUGAGUUGUGAUUGUUAAUCAUUUAUUAUAAAUGUUAAUGCAUUACCCUCCUACCUCCUCUACAGGUCCAGCUUCCAUUUCUUUGCAAAACAGCUGGGUGCUGUUGGAUUGGGCUCUUUCACUAUCAUGCACACCUCAAGAUUCACACAAUUCCUUUGGACACAGGGAGGUGGGCACAUCUGCUGAGCUGGACUGCUGCUUAUCCUCACAAUAAUGGGAAUUAAUUCUACUGUGUCCCUCAAAGGAAAUGGAUUGUUUCUGCAUUACAAAACCAAGAUAGAUCAGGCCCAACAAAACAAAUGCCACAUGGCCCCCACUAGUCCAUGGAUCAGAAUGUUAUUGGUCAUCCGCGAAUGGUGUUCUUAGCAAAGACACAAUUUACCAUAUUGCUCAAAAUAAAACUAAAAAGAUGAAUAAAUAUCUACUAAUGACUGUU